AUGUGUAGUGCUCUUUAUAAUUUAAGAGUGAAUAACCAGCUAUUAUGUCCAGUCGAAGAAUGCCCUCCAGAAACGUGCAUAGAAGAGACACAAACAGAUCCGCCGGCCCCUUUUACAAGUGAAGAGAGCGAUAUCGCUGAUAACGAGGACAGAUUAUCAACUGAGAGUUCACCUAUAAGGCGACGCAGAGGAGGCAUUUUAAAAGGAGGGAGGCUAUGGAAGUCUUUAGAUACGGACAGGGAUAUUAACGAACAGAAUGAGGACCAACGAUCAACGACUACUGCCAGCGAUGAAGACGGUUCCGUUACUAGGACAGUACGAUUCUUUGAACGAUCACAGGAAUCGAAUGAUGGAGAUACAAUUAAAAAGAAUGAAACGGAAGCGACACAGACGUCAGACGAUGAAACAAACACGCAGAAAGAAACCAGUACAAGUACUAUACACAGGUUGGAAACACCACUAAUUCUGACUAUACAAACACCAAAAACCAACUCGGCCGUCCAGCAACUUUUCAAUAGUAAUAGGCCUCCGCCGCCUGCCAUCGAACCACAACUGAUCACGUCUGAAACCUUAAGAGCUUGGGACGCUGGUGUGAGGCCUAAAGCAGAAGACGCCGCCGUGCGCCGGGUAGCAGAGAGAAAUGCUCUCAGAUGCUCACUUCUUCGCAGCGAAGCAAGGAAAAAGCAACAAGCUAAGCAAGAAACAACGUCACUGGCUGAACGUAUUCGGCUCCUCACAUGCGAUGUAGAAGAUGAGCCUGAAGACCGCGCCUCGCCGGCUAGCAUCAGUAUUGACAAGUUCUCCAGUAGCAGUGAUAAGUCGAGCGACAAGUCAUUCAAUAUCAUGGACAAAAAUUGUGAGAAGGCUUUCGGAAGUGCAUCUUCAAGUUCGUCUUCAUCAACGUUAUCAGCGCCAGUACCCAUACGCCAACAACCGCCAGACUUGGGAGAUGUUCAUCAAGAACACCAAAAGCCAAGACAAGAACCAAGAAGGCAGUUUUUAUCCACCCUGGCCCCGCUCACAGCCUGCGUAGGCAGUGCCGCUCAUCACGAAGGCUUCUACUACGUGCCUCCAGGAGACAGAAACUCUACUUCAGCAGCCACGACUCUUGAUCUACAAGAGCAUAAUGAAGCGCCAGCUCCUGACAUUGUUGCUGGAACACCAGGUGCUAACGACACAGACGACGGUCUAGCUGCGUUUGCCCGAGCAUCUGCUCCCAGGACAGAACGUCUUAGGCAGCGCUACAGCCAGGAGUCGCAGCCAGUCAGCAGCGACGACGAGCAUGACGACUAUGGUUUUCACCGUCGACCCGCGGUCCGAGGAAUAGCAAUGAAACAGCAAUUGGCAGCAUCCGACGACAUUCUACAACAAAUGCAAAGCGAAUUGCAACCGUCCCCCAGUUCGAAUUCGUCACACGUGGCUGCUCACGCGUGCCAGCGAACCACUUCCAACUAUUCCUGGCCAUAUUACUCUGAAGCAAAUCUCAAUUCCAGACCGCAAAGUCGGACAAGCUCUAAUUCCAAUUGGACGAAGUCUUCAGACUACGUGUCGUCACGGCAGUGCAGCAGUAAUACAAUGCCCCAACAGCACUCCGAAGUCUGUCACGCUCACCAGAACAUGACUUCGUACGCACACUACCAGCAGAGGCAGCAAGAAAACCUAUAUAGAAACUGUUCGCUAUAUGCUAAUAUAGGGUGUUCUGACAGCAGUCAAGAGUUAUACAGCUCUCAAACGAGCUCAGAACAGACUUCGCCGAUACGCACGGCAGCGCGUUGCAGACGCCCAGAGUCCCCACCACCGAUCCGAAGUCAUCAUCAGCUGCUUUACGUGCCGUACAACAAUCAUUACCACUACCAACACGACUACCCUGCCCAGUGGGCCGCCAAUGAUUACAACCGACAGGUGCACUCGUACUAUCAACAACAAUCACGCAGUGGGUCCAGCACACCACAACCGAGCACCGCCCACCAACAACGAGUACAUUAUAGUCACGCCCUUCAAAUGCAGAACUUGUGCCCAGCGCCAGCGAGGUACAGACCGGUACCGGCUCCACAACCUGGAGGCGGUAAACAAAUGAUUUGCUAUUCCGAAAAGGUGGCCGCGCCACUCUACCAACCUGCUCCCGGGUCGCCAUCCAGAGCCGUUAGAGGAGCUCCCGAAGGAGCAGCAACUGGAGGACAAGCUCCUGCAGCUUCUUCGCCAAUGGCGCCACCUCCAAAUCCAGUUUAUUAUGCAAUGAACGUCUGA